AAUGCUUACUUUAUUAAACAGCAACCCAAAGACGAUUAAAUUUACGAUAGAAAUAGAAAAAGAUCUAAACCUACCAUAUCUGGACACCCUAGUAAUCAGGAAGAACAACCGAUUAAAAAUUGACUGGUACGCAAAACCUACGUCGUCGGGGAGAUUAAUUAAUUAUAAUUCGAAACAUGAGAGGAAGACUAUUUUAAAUACCGCAACCAAUUUUAUUAGAAGAGUUCUUACUAUUAGCGACAAACAUUUUCAUAAAAAGAACAAAAAUAUAAUCCAACAAAUUUUGGAACAGAACGAAUUCCCCUCUUGCUUAAUUAGGAAACUCAUUCAGAAUUAUUACGUCAGGACCGAUAAAGAAAAUACUUAUAAUGAGAAUAAAGUAUACAAAACCGCUACAUAUGUUCCGGGGAUAUCUGAGAGGAUUAAACAUUCUAAUAUAUAUGAUAAAGAGAAGGUCCAACUAGCAUUUACAUGCAGCAACACAUUAGGAAAAAUAUAUAGCAACACUAAGGAUAAGAUUCCUAGAUGCGAGAAAUCUGACGUAAUAUACAAAAUCUCAUGCAAUGGCGACGGGUCCCACUUAUGCCACAAAGUAUAUGUGGGGACAACUAAAACUAAACUCAAGACAAGGAUUUCCGCACACAAAUCAAAUAUAAAGUUAAGGAACAGCUCAACUGACAAUAAGACGGCCUUGUCAGCACACUGUAGGGAUACGGGACACUAUCCCGAUUUCGAUAAUGUUGCCAUUCUACAAGAAGAAAAGAACUAUAAUAAACGCUAUAUUUUGGAAAUGUUACACAUUACGAACACCCCUAAUGAGAGAAGGAUCAACUUUAAAACGGACACAGACAAUUGUGCACAUGUGUAUCGCAAUUUGGUGUUAAACCGGCAACAACAAUCCUCAACGUAGGUGUUCCGUUCCGCCUUCCAUAAUCAACAUUCGUUCCGUUUCCCCAACAUACCUUCAUAAAAUAACAAUAAAAUGCUGUGCUUUUACAUGUACAUAUGCUUGUACAUAUACAUAUUGUCUUACUGCUAAAUGUUCCGUGUAUUGUUGUUUGUAUGUUUUUUAUUUACAAUUACGGUAUUUUUAAUUGUUUACUUCUUAUGUUUGUAUUCAUUUGCCUAAAAUUUCACUUGUUUAACUUUUAUUUCUGUACGCCUAAUCAGUCCACCAGGCACAAUCAAGAGUGUAAGUUGUGUUUAAUGUAUGUUUGUAAUAAUUUAAAGUUAAUAAUAAGUUAUCGUGUUUGUAUGUAUAUUUACAGUC